AGAGUGCACAUUCAUUCUAUUGUCUCCACUUCGCACAUACUGUUAUACUCAAGGAGCAAUGGGCGACAAGUCGUGCUACAUGGGUGCUGGUGGCUACUCGGGCUACAUGGGAUCAGGAACUCAAGGAUCAGGAUAUGCUAGAGAAGAAUACGCAGGAAACAUUGGAGGCGGUGGCGGCGGCUAUGGCGGUGGUGGCGGCUACAGCAGUGGCGGCGGUGGCGGUUACAGCAGUGGCGGCGGUGGCGGUUACAGCAGUGGCGGCGGUGGCGGCGGUGGCGGCAGCAGUGGUGGUGGAGGCGGCGGAGGCCAACCGGCUCAAAGUGGAUAUGCAGGAAAUGUUGGCGGAUCAGAAAACCAAGCGUCAUGCUAUUUCGCGCCUAAAUAAUUGAUGUUUCUAGCGCAAUAAAAAUGAUUCAAAUAAUUCUGAUCUCACGAUCAC